AUGCUGAUUCCCACUCCCUCUCACAGCAAGUCCACCGGCCAGUGGCACUCGACGAAGGGCAACGCGGUUGAGACCGUCGGGAACCUCACCGGGUCACAGUCGUGGGCGCAGUCCGGCCAGCAGGAGCACGCCGCUGGCGAGGCCGAGUACGACGCCGCGCAGGCGCAGGGCUACGUGCAGGGCACGAAGGACCGCGUCGGGGGUCGCAAGGACGCCGUCCUUGGCGCUGUCACGGGCGACCGCCAGCAGGAGACGACUGGCAACGUCCGCCGCGACAAGGGCGAGACGCAGCAGACGUGGAACCGGCCCCAGUAG